AUGCUCUGGGACGACAAGCAGGAGGAGCUGGAGGCCGGACGUGAUGGAUGGCUUGUGGAGACGGUGGCCAUCGAGUGGAGGUGUGGUUCAGCUGCAGCGGCUGUGAUGCGCGAGCUGAGUGGGUGGCACUGGAGCCCUCAGCUACAGGCUGACGGCGCCGUUUCUGAAAGUCCCUACGGCUAUGACCCGCAGGGAGACAAUGCAAUGGGAAUUGUGAGUUGUUACGUCAAGCGCCUGCACAUGACGUUGGAGAAGCUCUACUGCCUUCUGAGGGCCAACGAGUUGAUGGAGAACCCCGGUUUGGAGGUCGCGCCGACGGCAACCCGAUCUUCAACCCGUGGGCCACUAAUACGCUGGCCACGCCGAAAGCCAUACCGGCAGGUUUUGGCCGCGGGAAAUGCAUCAGAAUACGGCGACAAGGAGGUUCGGCCUAACAACGUGGAGCCUGCCGCAGGUGAAUACGAGCUCCAUCCCGACGGUCACCGCCCAUACCGACGCCCGGAUCCAGACUACGAAGGAACGAGAGGUGACAGCACGCCGCCAGAGGAGAAGGAUUACGAUGACGAAAUAGCCAGGUGGCGAGAGGACUACUGGAAGAAACGCCGCUAUGUUUAUAAUGAGGAUAACGAUGGCGAUGUGGUCGAUUCCGCCGGUGGACAGCACCAGGAGAGCAACCGCCCGCCGCGCUGGCAGCAGCGCCGUCGCAAGAACGAAGAUUCUCCUGACCUGGGAGACUCGAACGGCAGCAGCGAUGAGCGUCAAAAGAGCAGACCCUACCGUCGGCACGGUGCAGCAGGAAAUUCCUGGGACAACGGCCAUGGAAGGGCGCCAGAAGGAGGAUAUGACGUCGUCGAAGACGCACUGGAGAAGCGUAAUGGAAGGGGAGCGGGAGGAUCACAAAGAGGCUAUGACGCUGACCAAGGAGAGGCUGUUGACAACAGUGGUAGAAAGAGAGCAAGAGAGCCACUAGGAGGCUACGAGGAUGGCUACGAAAGUGUCCCGGUCAAUGGUCGCAGAAUAAGGACAAAAAGACCACAAGAAGGCUACGAGGCAGAACAAGAUGAUGCCCUGUACAAGAGACAUGGAAGGAGAACAAGGGGGCCACAAAAAGGCUACGAUGCUGACCGAAGAGAAGCCCUGGACAACAGUAGCAGAAAGAGAACAAGAGGCCCACCAGGAGACUACGAGGAUGACCAAGAAGGGCUCCCGGACAAUGGCCGUAGAGUAAGGACAAGAGGACCCCAAGAAGGCUUUGAACCUGAUCGAGAAGGGAACGUAAGAAACAGUCGUGGAGAGGGAGCAAGAGGAGCGAACGGACACUACGAUGAUGAUAAAAGAGCCCUUGGCGGCAGCCACGGAAAGAGAACGAGAGAACCACAAGGAUUAUAUAAAUCCGACGAAGAGGAAGGCCCGGGCAGCAGUCGCAAAAGAAAGACGAGAGGACCUCAAAGAGACUACGAUGCUGAUCGAGAAGACGCCCUGGAGAACAGCUAUGAAAACAGAAGAGGACCACAAGAUUACGAUGCUGACCAAGACGGUGUCCCGGCCAACGGGCGCACCAAAAUGACGAAAGGACGACAAGGAGGCUAUGGUGCUGACCAAGGAAGGACCAUGUCUACUGGUCCCAGAAGGACAAGUGUACCACGAGAAAGUUACGAGGCUGACCAAGAUCCCUCGCAUGAUUGGUCUGCAGGAAUAGAGGACGAUGAAACGCCGUCCUACAUAAGCGGCGGUGGUCGCGAACGCAAUUCUGUAAAAAGCUUCGAACACGACACUGAAGAGUCAUUCUCGACCGUGGACACGGAUUUGUCCAGGCGAUCGAAAAUGGAAAGAAGAGGUGGCCGAGGCAGGACGGAUGAGGAGCUGGGUAACAAGGCUCGCGAAGGAUGGAGCAGGCGCUUAGAAGAACAUGAAGCAUCCACAGAAGGUGUCAGCGACAAAAUGCCUCUGUACAAGCGUACGAGGAGGCGUCGAAAGAAUCAAAACGAACAAGGCGACACGCUUCUAGACACGAUACGUGCCAGAGACGCCAGGAAAUCGCAGACGACUCCGUCCGGUUUCGAGGACUUCAUAAGAUUUGACGACGACGACGAGGGGCCUUCAGAAGCAAGCAGCGCUGACGGCGACCAGCGCAAUCAGAAAGGAGAGAUUCGUGAAGACCCCAAAGCUCGAACCAAGAGGCAGGACGAUAAACACAAUAGCCCUGGGCUGAACAUUCCCUAG